AUGGACGAUGAAUUUUCUGCUAUUGAAAGUAUUAUUUCUGAAAUUGGCAUGGGUGCAUACCAAUGGAAAUUGUUUUGGCUUUGCGGUAUGGGCUGGGUCGCUGACAACAUGUGGUUGCAAGGAAUAGCAUCCACCCUGCCGAAAUUUCAACGAGAUUUUGACUUGUCAGAUUCUGUAGCUGGAUUGGGGAUCACUGCUGCCUUGAUUGGCAUGAUCUUUGGGUCUGCAGGAUGGGGAGUUUGUAGCGAUGUUAUUGGUCGCAUGCCAGCCUUUAAUUUGACGUUGCUGAUGGCAGGUGUUUGUGGCAUAGUAUCCGCAUUCGCGCCUUCCUUUAGUAUUCUCUGUAUAACAUUUUUUUCAUUAGCGUUGGGUGUUGGGGGUAAUCUCCCUGUUGACGGCACGCUUUUUCUGGAAUUCACUCCAAAAAAGAAUCAAUCGCUCCUUACACUCAUGAGUAUUUUUUGGCCUGUUGGUCAGAUACUAGUGUCAAUUGUUGCAAUUCUAUUUAUUCCAUCACAUAGUUGUCCAGAUUUUGGACCAUGCGAUCCUGCCUCGAAUAGAGGAUGGCGCAUCCUUUUGUUUAUAAUUGGCACGAUUACUCUAUUCAUGGUUGCUGGCCGACUGAUCUUUUUCCGUAUGCUUGAAUCUCCUAAAUUUCUUCUUGCUGCCGGCCGUCGUGACGAGGCGAUUGAUGUUCUCUAUCAGCUUGCGCAUGAAAAUGGAGUAACCAUUACUAUUGAUCCAGAUAGAUUUUCUGUUCAAUCGUCUGCUCCAGUCUCUCGUCGAAAAUCUGAUCUUGGCUGGAGCAAACUAAAACCACUAUUUUCCAAAGACACUCGAAAAACAACUGUAUUGAUUUGGUUGAUUUGGUCGCUAGUAUCGAUGGGAUACAUUAUGUUCAAUGGGUUUCUUACCAAAUUUCUAAAGUUUCACGGAGGAAAAAUACCAUUGUCAGAUACAGAGACGUACCGCAACUAUGUAAUUAUUUCUAUAUUUGGUGUUCCUGGAUCGAUUAUUGGCAUGUACGCAGUAGAUACUCAACUUGGCCGUAUCGGAACCAUGUCGCUUGCUACACUGGGUACAUCUAUUUCGUUGUGUUUGCUAACCGUGUUUACAUCUAGCAAUAGUCAAAUGAUUAUCAGUUGUAUUGAGAGUUUGCUUCAAAACGUCAUGUACGGUGUAAUUUACUCGUAUACACCGGAAGUUUUUCGAACCGAAUCUAGAGGUACGGCGGUUGGAAUAGCCUCUGCACUCAGCCGAAUUUUUGGUGCAAUAGUGCCGGUGGUUACUGGAGCGUUGAUUGAAGUGAAUCUGAAUAUUCCUUUGUGGAUUUCAUCUAGUUUGAUUGGGUUGGCUUUUAUAUGCAUGGUCAUGUUGCCUAUUGAGACCAGAGGACAAUGCACGCAUUAA